GGGUUAUUCUAGCCCUCAAAUAAGGCAUGGUUUCAGAGGAGGACCAAGUAUAAAAUUUUCAUAAUAAAAAUUCAAUGCAGUUUGUCUUACACAAAGUGCAUUUUAAAAAGCAGAAAGCAUGCCUCAUUUUAUCUUUCUGGUCACUACCUAGCCAUCUCACCACCGUAAUCCAAGAGAUCCUCACUUCCAAUCUAAAAAUCGCUUGUCCUUGAUAUAAGACCAAGAAGACACACUGUUAACGUUGCAGGCAACACUUAGGAAAAGCAGAGACCGAUGUAAGUCAGAUCUAACAAGUUUGACUAAAUCCAUGAGUAACAGGAAGAUUUUGGACGAAGUCAAAGUGUCGCAUGUAAAAACAAUUUUGCCAAAACUUCCUUCAUAAGACAGCUGCUGUUAUUUAGAGGCUGUCAUAAAAUCUGCACAUCCAGGGCUAUCGAUAGGCCAAACCUGAGCCCGGUUGGCGAUGAGGAUUUCCCAAGAAAAUUAUUAAAAAAAUUAGCAUAUUGAAGAAGAAAGAAGCAUGUUUGAGGAGUUUAGGAUGACCAAGGAAGUUUAAGAGCCUCACAAAAAUGUU